AUGGCUAAACCAUGCAACCUGCCAAGAUCCGCCACCCAUCUCACCGAGAUUCCAAACUGUACUUCCACCAGCAUGAACUAUAGACCCAGAUCACAAUUAAGUGUCAAGAGUUCUUGGAACAGCGAUUCAGGUCAAACCCGAGUCGCAAGUCGUGUGGCGAAGUUGGGUCAGAAAUGGCGAGAAUACCAAGGGAUCAAAAACUGGGAAGGGUUGCUUGACCCGUUAGACGACGGCCUCCGACACGAGAUUCUCCGAUAUGGGGAUUUCGUAGAAGCGGCCUACCGGAGCUUUGAGUUUGACACAUCGUCCGCGGAUUAUGCCACCUGUAAGUAUUCUAAAAACUCAAUGCUGGAAAGAUGUGGGUUGGGAGGAAGCGGAUAUAAGGUGACUAAGAAUUUACAUGCCACGUGUGGGGUUCAGUUGCCAGGUUGGAUUAACAGGGUGCCUUCGUGUACAUCUGUUAAUUCCACCUGGAUCGGCUACGUGGCGGUUUGCAACGAUGAGGAGGAGAUCGCACGGUUGGGCCGUCGGGAUGUGGUGAUCGCUUUCAGGGGCACUGCCACCUGUCUUGAGUGGAUUGAGAAUCUACGGGCCACGUUGACUUCUAUACCUAAUGACGUCGCACCUGAAAGCAAAAGAGCGAUGGUACAGAAAGGGUUUCUUAGUAUGUAUACGUCAGCAACCACCACGUGUCCGAGCUUACGGGAUAUGGUGAGGGAGGAGAUAUCGAGUGUCAUCGACAAGUACGGCGACGAGCCACUUAGUGUCACCAUCACCGGCCACAGCCUCGGCGCCGCCCUAGCCACCCUCACGGCCUACGACAUAACCUCCACAUUCGAACGCUCUCCGAUGGUGACCGUUGUUUCAUUCGGCGGCCCACGCGUCGGAAACCGCAACUUCAGAUCACAGCUCGAAAACAGCGGCACCCGAAUCCUAAGAAUUGUGAACUCCACUGACGUGAUCACAAAAGUCCCUGGAUUCUUGGCCGACGAUAGCAAUGACAUGACAAAUAGAGGAAUUCCGGUGGCAGGAUUGCCGGAAUGGCUACAAAAGCGAGUCGCCGAAUCCCAGUGGUUCAGAUACGCAGACAUCGGAAAAGAGCUCCGAUUGAGCAGCGACGCAUCACCAUACCUCACUAAAAGCGAUUUUGCUACGUGUCAUGACCUUAAGACAUAUCUCCAUUUAGUGGAUGGUUUCGUCAGCUCUACCUGUCCAUUUCGGACCAAAGCAAAGAGACUCUUGGCCGGAACUAAACACGAGAAGCAGCAAAUUUUUGUUAGAUGA